AUGAGCUCCGGCUCUGCCCAGGAUGUGGCAGUCGAGCAUUUCCUGCGUGACAUAGAGAGGCGAAGCAAGCGGCUACACUGCGCUGUGAUAGGCUGCGAGGAGGAGCGACCCCGCAGCGACAUGAACCUGCUGUAUCGUAAGAGCCGUUUGGACUGGAGGCAGAGGGACCAAGAGGGAAGUAAAAAGAGCUCCACCCAAAACGACCCCUCAGCCACUGUUGGCAAAGUCAGAGACUUGGCUUCAUUCCGCCGCCACUUCCGGAUGGGUUUCAUGACCAUGCCGGCCUCCCAGGACCUGUCCCCUCACUCUUGUGCCUCCGCCAUGGCGCCACGUUCGCAGUCCUGCCACGCCGUCGGUGCCGGGGAUACGAGUCUGGAGAACGGAGAUUACUCUGACACCCAAUCCCAACAUGGCGGCCGCUGCCCCCCGGCCAAACCCAAACGCCACCCCAGCACCCGCCUCAGCUCCUCAUCCGCUGACAGCCGAGGACUUCCGGAGACGCCGCCCCCUCCGUCCACUCACUCACAGUCCAAACACUCAGAGAAGAAAAAUGCCAUGAAGAAAUCUGACUCUGGAGAGAUCGGAGCAAAGAAGGUGCCUCCUUUAAAGCCCAAGAGAAGUCCCAGCACCCAGCUUACCUUUGACCCUCUUCCUCCACGCGUGCCUCCUUCUGCCACAUCCUUGCCUUUCCAGGCAGCAGACUCCCAGAUUCAGACAGGAGACGGGGAGGAUGAGCCAGUAUAUAUAGAGAUGGUUGGCCAAGUGUUCACCAGAGACAGCCAGACGGCCACCCCCCACCCUGUCACCCCUGUGGCCACCACGCCUGACUCUGACUCAGACCAGAGCGAGGCCAUCUAUGAGGAGAUGAAAUACCCGCUGCAAGAGGACAGAGAGUCCCAGAGACACCUCCCUCCAAAACAUGAGAAACUGAGAAACUCUAAACACUUUCAUGUCACCCCUUCCUCCUCCAGCAGCUCCUCCUCUCUGCCACGCCCCUCCUCUUCCUCCCCUUCCUAUUCCAAACCCAAAGCCACCGUGUCCAUCUCCCACUCGUCUCCUCUGCCUUCCUCCGCAUCCUCCACCCCUGUCCCCCAGGUCCUGUCUGCCAGUCCACACACUCCACGAGCUCCUACGCCCUACCUGCUGCAAGGGAGUAAAUCUGAGCCCGAGUCCAACACCAAGAUCCCAGCCCCCUUCCCCAAUCUCCUACAGCACCGGCCCCCGCUGCUCGCCUUCCCUCAGCCAGCAGCAGCCUCCAGCGGGGUCGGGGUGCAAAACAAGGCGUCCGCCUCGGCUAAAAUGGGAACUCAAACAUCCAGCGUGACAACUCAAGCCAGCAUCUCCUCCUCUGCCUCUUCUAAUCUUCCUGUAUCCCUGUCAGGCUCCAAGGAGUCAUCAGGAGGAAGCGCAGCCCAGCAGGACAAACACAGCAGAGAGGCCCAGCUAGGCCCCGCUCCUGGACUGAGAGCCAGGAGCCACUCCACACCUCUGCCUCCCUCCUCCAAAUCCACCUCCCCUUUCUCCCAUCACCACCACCACCCUCACCAUCGCCCGUCGCACUACCACCACUAUCGUAAGCCGGAGAGAGGAGACUCCCCUGCUCCAAACAAGAGCAGUUCUCAGACCUCCACAGUCCAGACCCAGACCUCAAGCACGGGCAGGGAAGGCAAGUCUGUUAGCUUCCUCCUGAAGUCUGAUAAAGGAGAGCGGGAUAAAGACAGGGACAGGGACAGAGACAGGGAUAGAGACAAGGAUAAGGAGAAGGAUAGGGACAGGGACCGAGACAGAGACAGAGAGAGGGAUAGGGAUAGGGAUAGGGAUAGGGGGAGAGACAGGGACAGGGAGAGAGAGAAAGAGAAAGACAAGGACAGAGAUAGAGACAGCGACAGACACAGGGAAAAGGACAGGGAGAGGGACAGAGACAGAGACCGGGAUCGGGAUCGGGAUUGGGAUCGGGAUGGAGGGCCGUACUCCUUACAGAUGGAUCACGGUCACUCCACUAGCAGCCAAACGUCUCAAAGCAGCACCAGCUCAACCCCUACGCCAUUAUCCUCAUCCCAGCGUCCUCAUUCUCGCCCCCAUCUUCGCUCUCACACUCCUCACGGCCUGCCUGCGUACAAGCCCCCCUCCUCGGACAGCCCCUUGCUGUGGACCUACCCCUCCGGUGGUUUCCGGCGACCGCCGGCUUACGAGAGCCUGAGAGGAAGCUCUCAGACCCCGUCUCUGCAGCAGCCCUCAAGUCUCACAGGUGUAGGUGAGGGGGCAUCCAAGAGUAACGGAGGGUCUGCGUCCCUCCAGUCCAAAGUUGGCUUCAUGCCCUGGGACAGCAGUGCCAGCUUAGCUGCAGAUGAGGGAUCUUACUGGCCUAUGCAGAGGAAAUUGUCCUUCAGCCAUGGGAGCAGAGAGACAGAGAAGGACGAAGGGCGAGCAUGGAAUGGCAGUGCUGAUGCCCUAUUAAGGAUGGAUAAGGAGGAUCCCGGCAUGGGGUCACGAGGAGGCCACUCAGGCAUCCCAGUACACUUCAGUGGUGCCACCAGCAGGGCCCUUGGUCACAGUGAGUCCUUGGCCGGUGUGGAUAGCAGCCCGGGUUUCAGAGCCCUGCCCAGAGUCGGUCUGCCUCUUCCUUGCCAGACUUUCCCUGCCUGUCGCAACGGAGAAGUGGGGCGGCUGGGCCGCUCCUCCUCUGCUGCCGGAGUGAGACAGGUGGGUGGAGGAGAUGUCCAGAGACAGAGCAGCCUACCAGCACGAGAAGCCCUGAAUCAGCUGCAUGGUCUGGCCCAGCCUCAAGCACCCUGCAGUCCCAGCAGUCCCAGUGUGUCCCGGCAGCAGCAGCAGCUCCAGCUCCACCAGCAGCAGCUCCAGCUAAAGCAGCAGCUCCAACAGCUUCAGCAACAGCACCACCUGCAGUUGCAGUUCCAGCAGCUCGCCCAGCUGGCACAGGGACAGCCUCCUGUCAGUGGGGGCACCACCCCGUCCGCAACGCAGACCCAGAGAGACGGCAAGCUGCUGGAAGUCAUUGAGCGUAAACGCUGCCUGUGCAAAGAGAUCAAGGCCCACAGGCGCCCUGACAAAAGUCUGUGCAAGCAGGACAGCAUGCCCAUCCUCCCUAGCUGGAGACGGACACCUGAGCCUCGUAAGACUGGCACGCCACCCUGCCAAAGGCCACAGGCUGUCGUGUGGGACACGGCUAUCUGA